AUGCAGCUGGGCUGGAUUUGGCUCCUCCUUCUCCGCGCGACCCACAGCGAGGGAGAAGGAGCAUGCCAGUGCGGAGGAAGCUGGGAGCAGAUUCGGCUGGAGAUGUGGGAGAUGUUCCGGCCAGAUCUGGAUCUCGCAGGACUUACGGACUGCUUGAUGAGCAACGAGUGCAGCGAUGCGGACCUUGCUGCAGCGGCGAUGCUGCGGGGCACUGCAAUGUCUUGCUCCGAAGAGGAGCUUCCCAAAGUCUCUUCGCUGAUUCCGUGCGCAGCAG